AUGAUGCGUAUGCCCCAAUCGCAGAAGCGAUUGAUUAUUUUUCCAGGAUGACAUAAAAAGGGAAGACAGAUUAAAUGGUAUGAAGGAGAAGUUUUAGUUAAAGGGUUACUUUGCAGGAGAGAAGCUGACUACUGGUGAGGUGGAGUAAUUAGAGGGGCCAAAGGGCUGAGCUGGGCUCAGCAAAGGCUUAUGGCCCCAAAUAGAGAAAUAUCACUACCGAGAAAUCUGGGUUUCUGCUUUGGCUCAAAGCUACCAGAGGUAAAAACCAGAAAGCUUUUUUCCAAGCUAUAUAGAAUAUAA